CGACCAAUCGGAAGUGAGUAUUUUUCGCGCUGGUUGGCUGGAGAGUUUGAGUUUCCCCGCAAGCUUUUUUUGAUUUGAAUGAAACCCCUCCGCUUUACGGAAUGAAUACGGCCGUUUCUCCUCUAUAACCACCGAGAGGACAUUCAACAGCCCAGUGAGCCUGGAGGGGGUUAGAUGGGAUGGACAGCAUAGGUAGCUCCCUGCCUUCGAUGCCUGAACCAGCCAACCCGAUCAGCAUGAAGCAGCCGCCAGAGUCCCUCAGCGUACGGAAAGGUCGGGGGGACAUGGGCAGUGACCCAGUUGUGCUAAUGGACAAAGCGACUGCACAGCUGGCCGCCACACUACAAGACAGCGUUCUGCAGAAGAUGGCUGGCCACAGUCAUAACAACCACAGUCACGAGAGGCUCAAGGACCUCACCUCCCGCGUGCUGAACGGCGACCAAGACACGCUGCCCAAGCUUUUCACCCCGGAACCGCCCGUGCUCAAGUGUGCCGAAGCCCCCGCUACAAACGGCACCCACCAGCACAGCUGCUCCCCUCACGCUGAACCCGAGCUGAAGGUGACGAUACCUCAGGUCAUCAUGCAGCCGUUGCUCGAACCAUCCUGCGCCAACGGGACCAGCUUGGCCACAACCACUGAAGGUGCAAUGUCUGGACCGGACGAGAGGCAGGACAAGAAAAGAAAGGGGAGACCACACAAACCUAAACCUCAAACAACCUUCAAUUCCUCGGCCAUCCCUGUGGACCAGUGUGACCACACAAAUGCUGGAGAGGAAACCGAAGCAGCUGAUGAGCCUGAUCCCAUUUCAGAGUCGACGAAGGAGGCAACACAAGAAGAGCCUCCUUUGCCGAAACGUUUCUGUGUCGGGGAUCUGGUCUGGACGAAGGUGUCCGGAUACCCCUGGUGGCCCUGCAUGGUGACCACAGACCCGGAGUUUAAUCACUUCUUCAAGCAGAAACAGAAAGCAACCAACAGCAGGCCGGGGCUCCUUUACCACGUGCAGUAUUUUGGAGACGCCCCAGAGCGAGGCUACAUCUUUGAGAAGAACAUGGUGUCCUUCACUGGGGAAGAUCAAUACCACGAGCUUAGCCAGGCUAACAAACAGCCAGCCUCACGUGCCAUCCAUAAAAAGACGGCUCCAUCUGUACCCCGCAAACUCAAGGCUCAGUGGAACAUGGGCAUCAUUCAGGCCAAGGAGGCGCUCAGCAUGUCGCUGGAUAAUCGCAUGGCGAACUUUACAUUUCUAUACGACGACGACGGGCCUCACCUGAACCCCCACAUCAUGGAGAGGUUGAAACCGGAGGAGAGCAACAUGCUGGCGCUGCAGAAGGAGUCGAGGCUUAGCCUGGAUUUCGCUUCGAGGGAUCCCUCCUCAUCUGCGCCGGCUACACAGACCGGAUCAGUUGUACCUCAGAAGAAAAAGAGAAGACCCAAAGAGGCUCAGUCCCCCGACAAGGUGGUGAGGAGGAGGAAAAAAUCUGCAACCGACGCCUCUGGGCCGACGAGGAAAAGAAAAACGAAGCAGGGACCCUCAGCAGAAGAUGUUUCAGAAGCCGUCUCACUUCCAGUUUCAGUUUCAGUGAAAAGGGAGCGGAAGAAGAGAUCUAAGAGGCCACCAACGGAUGCUGCAGCAGAGAAGGAUCAGCAGCCCAAGAAGAGGCGCAAAACGGGGAAAGAUGCUGAAAAACAGGCCUUGACUUCAGAUGGAACGGUCAAAAAGCAGAGAAGAAGGAAGAAAACAGACGUGAAAGACGUAAAAGAACCCAGGAAACGCCAGAGAAAACCUAAAGUUCUCCUCACUGGUGACCAAGAGGCAGAGAAACCAAAGCGUAGGAGGAAGAGGAAACAGGAUGGAGAGAAUCAGACGACACCCUCCAGUGCGAAGAAGAGACGGCCGUCGCCGUGUCCUGAUCCUGAGGGCUCUGGUAGCGAAGGACGCCCCGAUUCUCCAAGCGACAGCUUAGACGGGACAAAGAAAGGCGAGAGGAAGAAAGAGUUUGUUUGUCAGGUGUGUGAGCAGACGGGUGAGGACUUGGUUCCCUGUGAAGGUCAGUGCUGUGGGAUGUUUCACCUCCAGUGCCUCGGUCUGUCCCUCAAACCUGACGACAAGCUGCUGUGCAACGAGUGCAGCACGGGCGUUCACUCGUGUUUCAGCUGCAAGCAGUCGGAGGGCGAGGUGCGGCGCUGCCACGUGCCACAGUGCGGCAAAUUCUACCACGACGCGUGCGCCCGCCUCAACCCCCUCACCGUGUUCGACAACAAGGGCUUCCGCUGCCCCCUGCACGCCUGCCUGAGCUGCCACUACGGCUCCCGCACCAAGCAGAAGUCUGCCAAGGGCAGGUUGAUGCGUUGCCUGCGAUGCCCGGUAGCGUACCAUGUCGGUGACCAGUGCGUGGCCGCGGGAAGCGAGAUGAUCACCAACACCGCCAUCAUCUGCACCAACCACUUCCACGCCAAGAAGGGCUACAGCCACCACAGCCACGUCAACGUCAGCUGGUGUUUCGUCUGCUCCAAAGGAGGGCAGCUGCUGUGCUGCGAGUCCUGUCCUGCAGCUUUUCACCCCGACUGCCUGAACAUCGCGAUGCCCGACGGGAGCUGGUUCUGCAACGACUGCCGAGCCGGGAAGAAGCCCAAGUACAGAGACAUCAUCUGGGUCAAACUGGGAACGUACAGAUGGUGGCCAGCGGAGAUCCACCACCCGAGGAACAUUCCCACCAACAUCCAGCACCUUCGACACGAGAUCGGAGAGUUCCCGGUGUUCUUCUUCGGCUCCAAGGAUUAUUUCUGGACCCACCAGGGCAGAGUCUUCCCCUACAUGGAGGGGGACAGGGGCAGCAAACAUCAGAGGAACGGCAUCGGCAAAGUCUUCAAGAAUGCUCUGCUCGAGGCUGAAGUUAGAUUCAAGGAGAUAAAAAUGAAGCGAGAAGCCAAGGAAGCACAAGAGAACAGUCGAAAACCGCCUCCGUACAAAUUCAUCAAGGUCAACAAACCCUUUGGCAAGGUUCAGGUCUACACCGCAGACAUCUCCGAGAUCCCCAAGUGCAACUGCAAGCCGACGGACGAGAGGCCGUGCGGCUUCGAGUCCGAGUGUCUGAACCGGAUGCUGCAGUACGAGUGUCACCCUCAGGUGUGUCCCAGCGGCGAGCGCUGCUGCAACCAGGACUUCACCAAGCGCCUCUACCCGGAGACCAAGAUCAUCAAGACGCCCGGCAAAGGGUGGGGCCUCAUCUCUCUGCGGGACAUCAAGAAGGGUGAGUUUGUGAACGAGUACAUUGGGGAGCUGAUCGACGAGGAGGAGUGCAGGGCCAGGAUCAAGUUCGCCCAGGAGAACAACAUCACCGACUUCUACAUGCUCACCAUCGACAAGGACCGGAUCAUUGACGCGGGUCCAAAAGGAAACUACUCGCGCUUCAUGAACCACAGCUGUCAACCCAACUGUGAGACGCAGAAGUGGACGGUGAACGGAGACACGCGUGUCGGCCUGUUUGCCGUCUGCGACAUCCCAGCCGGGACCGAGUUGACCUUCAACUAUAAUCUCGACUGCCUCGGCAACGAGAAGACGGUGUGUCGCUGCGGCGCUCCCAACUGCAGCGGCUUUCUUGGUGAUCGGCCGAAGAACUCAAACGGCCAAACGGCCGAACCAAAGGGAAAGAGGUUGAAGAGGAAAUACAAGAGGAGAAAAUCUGAAGGGAAGAAGAAGUCGGAGGACGACUGUUUCCGCUGCGGAGACGGGGGACAACUGGUGCUCUGCGACAAGAAGACCUGCACCAAAGCUUAUCACCUGUCCUGCCUGAACCUCACCAAGAGACCCUUCGGACGCUGGGACUGUCCCUGGCAUCACUGCGACGUCUGCGGGAAGAACUCGGACGCCUUCUGCCAGCUCUGCCCCAACUCCUUCUGCAAGGCCCACCAGGAGGGGGCGCUGCGCCCGUGGCCGCCCACGGGGCAGCUGUGCUGCACGGAGCACGAGGAGCUGGAGGGAAGCGGCGUCUUGGAGGAAAGCGACAUCAUCCCGACGGCGGCGGUGGCGAUGGUGGCGCCGAUGACGACGGUGACAACGGCGGCGGCGACUCAGGACGUCGACUCGGAGACGAGCUCCGCCGCCGCCGCCGCCGCCUCCACCCGCCCCCAGAAAGGCUCCAGGAAGACGGAGGACGGCAAAACUAAAAGCUCCAAGAGGAAAGCAGCCGAGGCCUGAGGACACACAACCAGACUCUGGACACCAACGCACUGUACAACAUCUUCAUCAUCAUCAUCUUCAUCAUCAUCAGGGAACGCCGCUGACCUCUCACAACGCUCGCCACUCCAGCCAAUCACAGUUGAACUUUUUUUCAGGUUGUUUUUUUUAUUUUAUUUUUUUAAUUAUUGAUCUUUGUUUCUGCACUGAGGGUAAAAAAAAACCACCUGUGGUAAAAGCACAAACAAACCAGCAGCACAACAGCGAGCGCAGGUCAGGAAACUUCAGCUACUGGAUUCUAACUCUUCCACCAACCAAACUGCCUUCUUCUUCUUCUUCUUCUUCUUCUUCUUCUUCUUCUUCUUCUUACUUCCUGUUUUUUUUUUGUUUUGUUUUUUUAUCGUCGUCUUUUAUUUGGUUUAAAGUUUGUUUUAGAAGAACAAGAGACUCUGAUCUAGCUUGAAGUGGAACUGAGCGUUAACUUGAAUCUCAGUCGACCUCCUUCCUCCUCUUCCUCUUCCUCUUCCUCCUCCUCCUCCUCCUCUUCCUCCUCCUCCUCCUCUCAACACGGAUUAUCUUGAACAGCAACAGAGUUUUAUAGCUAUAUCUAUAUAUGUGUAUAUCAAAGACCAAAAUUAUGAUUACUGGAAUAGUGUGAGACAUCAGACAGGUUGCCAAAUGGAUUUUUAUUUUUAUAUAUAGUAUAUAUAUGCCAGAUGUGCUAUGGGACACCAAGACACUAUGGAAAGGCUCCAGACGACCUCUCUCCUUGUUCCCGUAGCCAUAGAUGAUCACAUUUAACUGUAGACGCGUUUAAUAUUUUACAACCUGAUGAUUAUUAUUCGUUUUUUAGUUCAGUUUAACUCCUUAGGUUUGACUUAGUUUAGUCUUUUUUUUUGUUUUUUUGUUUUUGUUUUUUGUUUGUUUUCCUGAACGACGUUCAUGUCCAGAGAUGAUUAAAAAAAAAAAAAAAAAACGAGAGCACUGCUUGAAAAGUGAAACCUGAAGUCUGACAUGGAAACACUACUGGGUCGUUCCAGGUCUGUUCGACGAUAAACCGCAGAAAUGAAGGAACGAUGAGGAGCGAUUCUCUUGAACAGAGCCCCCCCCCCCACCACCCGGUGCUUUUUUUAUUUUAUUUUAUUUUAUUUUUAUUGUGUGUGUGUUUUCCACUCGUAUCUGAAGUGGAGGUACUGGCCAGGAUAUUUUAUUUUUAUUUUAUUUUUUUUUAUCUGAGAGUUUGAAAGAGAGAAUUUUUUUUUUCUUGAAUUCUCAGGGUUUUUUUUUUUUAUUAUUAUUAAUAUUAUUAUUAUUAUGCAUAGUCUCUAAACUGCAUCCACGUUUUAAAACUUUAAGACACUGGCACGACUCCUCGGUAAAUCCUUGUUGGUAAACGUCUCCACUUUUUCUUUUUUCCUGAUUUAAAUCUUAAAAGAGCAACGAAAUCCAACUCGGUCUCAGCUGCACUUUGGAUCCUUGAUUUAAAAAAAAAUAAAAAAAUAAAAAAUACUCGACCAGUUCCUGAUUUCUAAACAUUUAGUGGAAGCUCCUAAUUCUUCUUAAUAAACCGUAAGUUUUCAUAAAAAUAUUCCACAUUUAAUGGAUUCAUUAAAAAAAAAAAAAAUAAAUAAAACGUGCAGCUUUUAGGUAAAGAAAACAGCUUAAAAGUAAUAAAAAUCUGCAGCCUGGUGGAUUUUGAGCUUCUUUAAAACCUGAUGCAGGUGUAAACGCUGAAUGUGGUUUUUAAAAAACAUCCUUUAACGUGACCACGAGAUGUUAAAAUUUUAAAAACCUCGAACGCUCUUUACGUGACGACUGAUCACUCGCUGAUUAUUUUCAUAUUUUUGAGCAACGAUGAAACAAAUGAAAGACGAAUCGUUUAAUUUUCCUUUGGCUCCAGAAAAGCAUCAGGUCGGAGUUAAAUUCAGAAUCAUGUUUUAUUUUUAUUACGUUUAAUUAGGUUUAAUUGUCCCAGUUUGGUUACGAGGUUUCUAUCCGGCCGACUACAAACUGCUGCUUCGUGCUUUUUUUUAUUUUUUUUAUUUUAUUUCCCCAGAUUUGACUUGUGCGGCUGCAGCUGAAGAUUUUUUUUUUGUUUUAAAAAAAUAUUUUUUUAUUAUUAUUAUUUUUACAACUGCACCUUUUUUCUUUUGUCAUGUGAAUGGAUCGCGUCCAGAUGUGCAGCGAGUCUUUUUUUUUUUUGUUAAAUAAUAAUAAUCCUAACUUUGAUUUGAGUGAAUGUAGUUCAGGCUGUUGUUCUUUUUAUUUUAUUUUAUUUUUAUUUUUUUUUUUAUAUAAGCACUGUUAACUCCCUGUAGAGCUCAAGUGUAAUAAUGUUGGCGUAGGGGUUUCAUUCUGUAACUACUGUCAUUCAUAGUAAACCAGAGACUAAUAUGUACAUAAUGUAUAAGUGGUAAUAGUGAUGCAUCUAUUGUAAAUAUCAUACAAUUUCUUAACAUUGUAUGUGUUUGGUUUGGUUUGUUUUGUUUUUGUUUUGUUUUUUUUCUUGAUGCAGUUCUGAAACACUUUUGUGCAGGAUCUCACGUCAACUGAAUCGUGCAAUAAAAAGUGGUUAAACGUG